GAGGCGGUGCUGUCGGAGCGGCCUCAUGCACUGCACCAGAGUGUUAGACUAUUUCCCUCACAAGCAAGCAAUGGCUGUGGACGUGGCCAUGCAGCUGUACCUGUGCUCCUCACCCUUGCGCAGAGAGAAGUGCGCCUGCAAAAUUGCUCCAAAGGCCAGCAAGCCACUGCGGCCCUGCAUCCAGCUGAGCAGUAAGGCUGCCCUGAAGGGCCCAGGAGAGGCAGCAAACUCCUUCCCACACAGCAAGGCGAAGAAGAGGGUGUCCUUUGCAGAUAGCAGAGGCUUCGCUCUGACCAUGGUGAAGGUGUUCUCGGAGUUUGAGGAUCCGCUAGAUAUUCCUUUCAACAUCACAGAGCUGAUAGACAGCAUCGUGGGCCUGACAACUGUGGAGAAGGACAGCUUUGUCCUGGAUUUUGUUCAGCCCUCCGUAGACUACCUGGACUUCAGAAACCGCCUCCAGACAGACUGUGUCUGUCUGGAAAACUGCAUGCUAAAGGAGAAAUCUAUUGUGGGAACGGUGAAGGUGAAGAACCUCGCUUUUGAGAAGAUGGUGAAGAUCCGGAUGACGUUUGACACGUGGAAAAGCUUUGUAGAUCACCCGUGCCAGUAUGUCAAGGAUACGUACGUAGGGUCGGACCAGGACACAUUUUCCUUUGACAUCAGCUUGCCUGAGGGGAUUCAAUCGCAUGAAAGAGUUGAGUUUGCCAUUUCCUUUGAGUGCGAUGGGAAGGUGUACUGGGACAACAACAGGGGCACAAAUUACAGGAUCAUACGGUCAGAACUGAAGUCUGCCCAGGAAGCUGCCCGUCCCCCACAGGCUCCUGACUUUGGCAGUGCAUUUGACCAGUUUGGGAGCCCUCGGUGCUCCUAUGGCCUCUUUCCUGAGUGGCCCAGUUAUUCAGGCUACGAGAAGCUCGGGCCCUACUACUGACCCGAGGACAAAGGCCAGGCUGACUAACUGUUGCUGGUGUGUCUGCAGGCCUUGGGGCUGGUCUGAACACAGGUGUGUGAAUAGGUGGAAGAAGUAUGGCUCUGUGUAGCUUAGCAUAAGCCUCCCAGCAAAACCAGGUGUGCAGUGCUCUGCUGGCAGAGGGCUUAUAGUCAGAGAAGCAAAUCUGGCUCUUCAGAUGAUCAGAGGACCAAGGACUGCUCAUGUCUCUUCAGCACUUCUUCUUCCUCUUCAGUAAAGAUGCCAGUGUCCAGGGAAACACUACAAUGCUUAUAUUGCCUGUUCAAGCUGUGUAGUGGUGGCCGCUUUGUACUAUCUGGCUAGUAUUAAAAGGCUCUUUCAAAAUAUUUCCUAGUGCUAUAUUGUUAGUGGGCUCUACUACAGCUGCAGGAUUCUCCUUGCAAAGUCAGCCUGUGCCUGUCAGGAAAUAGUGUGGUUGGAUUGCUGGGAAUGGAAUCCUCUCUUUGCACAUAUCCUUGUAGUGAGGCCCUUCCUACUGGAGGCAGAAGGCAUGUUUUGGAAGUGAAAAUGCAAUGUGAUGACAGGAAGUGUGGCCCUACAGCCUGCCGUGUUAGGAGAUGUGCCUGUGGCAGAGGAUCUGAUAUGCUUAGUCACUGGUUGUUAUAUCAGAUGAUCUUGAAAAUCUCUCAUACCAUCGGUGUUACCAAAAAUAGAGAUUAGCUGUGGCUGUGUGGUGCUUGUAACACAGCUGUGGGUUGACAUCCUUGACUGCCUUCUUCAAAACCUUCCUGUUGGUUUAAUUGCAAGUGACCAAUGAUGCUUUUUCCCUUUGAUGGACAUCUGAAGUUGGCUGUGCUGGACACUGAAAAUGCAUUUCAUCCUCCUGUGGACUGUAAACCAGAGUUUUGUCCAGCUGGGGCCCAGGGUCCUGUGCAGGAGACUCUGCUCAGGUGCUACAGGAGCCAAACACAACCAGACCCCAUGGCUGUCUAUGCUGUGUCCAGUACAGGAAGGUGACUGUUGUGUACCUACUGUGUCAUGGAAGUGCCUUGGAUGAGAAAGGGGUGGUAUGUGCAAUCCCAGCAACGCUUUGGGAUGAAUGGGCUUUGGAGCUGAUGUUGCUUUUAAGAUCUGGUAAUGGUUUGUUACUCUGUGCCAUGGACUGCUUGGCAGAUAAAGGCACAGCACUGCUCACAUGUCAGGGUGCUGUGGCUGUCCUGGAUGAAUGUGCUGGGCUUCCCUCUCUGCUGAAGCAAUAACUGCCAGUUUGACCUGCAAAUGCCCAGACUUUGCGUUGCUGGCCAUAAAAAGUG